UUUAAUAUUUAUUUAAUGUUUCUUUAUGUUUUACAUUUUAAUUAACAAUAAAGCAAAAUACAGUUUAUCAUCCUUUCAUUUUUCUCAAUUUACCCACAAUUGGCAGGUGUGGCAAACAAGUUAAUUUUGGACCUUAAUGUCAGUGCUGGACUGAGUAAAAGCAGGAACCAAAUGUGUAGGUAGCCUUUGUGUCACUAUCUCUUGCUUUAGUAUGGCAGCAGUAGUUGACAUGACACCAACACCAGUCAUUGUGAUGCUGUAUAUUCUGAGCCGUUUAUGCGUUUCAUAAUAGAUCAAAUCCAUCUAAACGACUUGCAGAAAAUAUCCACUGUAGCAGAAAAUGAAGAUUUAGGAAUCCUAACAAUGUGCAGCAACUCUAUCAGUGGCAAUUGAAUGUGUUUAAGGCAUUUUGUACAAUCAUGACUUUUAUAAACUACAUUUUUAAGCGAGUCUAUAUUAAAUAAACAUGAUCAUCAAACAGUUUUAAUUCUACAUUACAGCAUUGCAUCAUGUAGCAUAUGUAUGCAGUAAACUACAGCAAGUGUUACUAACAAAUGCCUAGUAAAUGUAUUACAAAAUGUAUCAAAAAAAUAAGUAGUUUUUAAGUGCCAAUGUCAAAACCACUUAAUUUUUUCAUGCUGAAUUGUUUUUAAUGUGAUUCUUGUAUAGUUCGUGUGUUUAAAGUACAAUAGGAAGUGUAUAUAUUAUUUAUCAUCUAUUUAUGUGAUUGUUAUGUUUUUAAAUAGUGACGGAAAUGUAGAUUUAGAUGGUCAUAACAUAAAGUUGGAGUUUGUAUUAUGACUUCUCCAUUAGAAAUGAUUACCUGUAUUUGGCAGCUUUUCUUACUUGUUGGUAAAAUGUUUGCAUAUCAGCUCCAAAUACUUCCAUGCUUCAUACAGUCAAUGUGUUAAUGAAGAUUCAAGAUCCCCUAAUGCUCAGCAGGGCCACCGACGACAGUUUGACCAGAAUGUACCACGAGUCCUCAUAAGUAGACAGUUAAAUACUCUUGUUAUGACCAUUUAAAUCCUGUAUGAUAUAACGGUUACUAAAUUAUAAUGGAAUUUUAAGCAGUUAUAGAGGAUUGUAUUCAAGUAACUUUUUAGAUACUAUCUGAAAUGAUUAUGCUGUAUGUUUUUCUGUUGCAGUAUUACAUACUGUAGUCUACACUUUAGCUUUAAGAAAACAUUUGUGCUAUUCUAUUUUUUUUUAAUAUUCAUUUAUUGCAUACUGUAUGAGCCUAGAAGUAGCUAUCUUAAGAUAAACUACAUGUUUCUACAGAUGAUAUUUAGUUCUGCUGUAUUUUGUCAGAGGCUGUUUAGCUUAUCAUUUUAGGUGAGCAUGUUUUAUUAGGUUUAUGAUAAAUACUGUAUAUUUUGUAAAUAGGCUCUCAGGGUUGUUGCUGCAGUGUUUAGUUAAUAAUUUCCCAAAAUGUGACCAGUUAUUGCUUUCAUAUGACCAUGUUAAAGAACCGUCUUCAACACCUGUGUGUCUCGCUGUUACUUUAUGCAUGCUUUGCACUUGAAAAACUCAAACUCUGACCUUUGACUUAUCUUGUAAAUUCUAUGUUUUACUGUUUUUCAUGCUGGAGACGGUUGUGUGUUGCUGGAAAACAUGACAGGGAUUUAACCGGCAGAAUAAAUCAGAACUAGGUCAUUUAACCACAGAUGCGAUUUCUUAUCGCUAUCCAGGAAAAUGUCAGGAGACGCAGAAUUAGGAUUCACUGAACAUUUAUUUAAAGUUUUGGUGAUUGGAGACCAUAAAGUUGGGAAAACCAGCAUUGUUAAACGAUUUGUGAAAAAUCAGUUCUACGAGGAGUUGAAAACCACUAUAGGUGUGGAUUUUUCUUUGAAGGUGAUAGACUGGGACAGUCACACGCGGGUGCGAUUUCAGCUGUGGGAUAUAGCAGGUCAAGAGCGUGUAAGAGGACUGAACCGCGUGUACUUCAAGGGAUCCAGUGGUGCGUUUGUUGUGUAUGACAUGACAAACGGGUCAACAUUAGAUGGUGCUCUGAACUGGAAACAUGAACUUGAUGGUCAAGUAAUGUUGAAAAGCGGCCGUCCGAUCCCUGCUGUCUUACUGGCUAAUAAAUGUGAUGAGACUAAAGUGUGUCGGAGGAACGCCUCUCUUCUGGAGAAACUCUGCCAGGAGAAAGGCUUCAUUGGAUGGUUUCAGACAUCAGCGAAGGAGAACAUCAAUGUGGAUGAAGCUGCUAAAUUCCUUGUGAAGCACAUUCUCCAAAACAACGAGGAAUCAGUGAAAGAAGAAGAGCAGAACAUGCAGCUCAACCUGCAACAGCAGUCAAAGAGCAGCUCUACCUGCUGCUGAUGCACAAUCCCAGUAUGAGGUCUAUAGAACUGUGCAGAACUCUGAAUUACUUGUUUCUAUACAGCAUACCAUACAGCAGUUUGUAUUUUUUUAUGUAUCUAAAUUUAUUGACAAUGAUUCAUACUCAACUAAACAUUUUGGGGGCCAUGAACGAGUACCAUGUUGAAUGAGUUUGAUGCUGAGUAUCUAAUAAAUGUGUCUCAUAUCCCCUGCUAAUAUGCUCACGGUUAUUAAAUACAUCAGCAUGAAGGAGAUUAACCGAGAUCCACCGUACACACUUCAUCCUACAACAUUUCAGGAGUGAACAGAAAGCCAAAUCCACUCUCUGCAGAAAGCCGCGUGCACUGGGACGUGGCCUAUAUUUUCAUAUAUAUCCAUCAAAAGUUUGUUUUCUUUGGAAAAUAGCACAAGAGAAUGUUUUAAAUGAAAAAUAAUUUAAUAGAGUUAGAAUAAUGAUGAAAAAUAAAUGUAGCUUCAGGAUAAUAUUACAUCAGGGCAGCAUAAAUGUGUAAUACUGUGCCUCAGAUAGCAAGCUAAUAAAUCUCCCUUUACAUUAUUAGACAAAAAAGUGGCAGGAUUUUCAUUUCAGUUCAUGUAGUUUUUGCAAACUUUAGUAACUGAGAGGCCAAAAACAUACACUAAUCAAGCCCAAUGCCCUGCUCUGUUUCAUCAAGUUUAUAAAAUGAUCAGUUAUUUCAAAUAAAGAAGUAAAAUGUGUCCCAUACAACGAUUAUCCAGGUCACAGGAGCGAUCAAACACAUCCGCAUGAUGCACAGCAUCCAUACACAAUGGCUAAUGUCACAGAAAUAGGAAGCCGUUCCCAGUGUGACCCAAUUUUGUCGUGCAUUUUUGAGUGAAUGUGAAGAACUCCCUGAUACUCCCCCCAGAGAUCUGGACUAGCCUAUAUAGAGCAAACAAUACCCUGCUCAACCAUAGCAGCCUCAACACACUGUAGGAAUCAGCUGCCAGCAUAUUACAGAUUCUGUGCAUGGAAAAGCGUGUUUUUUCAAGAGUUUUUUGUGUGCUCGUACGCAGCCGUGUAUCACGUCGCACAGGUCUGAUGCUGCGCCGUUCAGCACGUUCCCCCAGAGGCACGAGAAACGUUCCUGUCUCGCCCUUAAACUCUUCCCAUCUGUUAGAUCUGCUAGACCGGUUGUACAGGUGUAGCGCUUUUAUAUUUUCUGGCAGAUUUCCAUGAUAGUAUUGUGAGAAAACCAGAAAGCACUGUUGCGUCAUAAUGUUGUUCCUGAAGAUGAACUGUAAUUCAGUUAAAAAUGUAUUAGGAAGUGGAUUGUUAAUUAAUUUGUUCAAGAAUGAGAGCAGGGUUAUAAAAUUAUGAAUAAAUGAUGCCAUUGUAUUGUCCAAGAACAGGCCUAUUGGUGAAAGAAUACGCACAUUUUCAGUUAAAAUUUGCUGAAAACGUACUUGCC